AUGCCAGUCCCAUCAUUGUAUGUCACCAUGCCAGUCCCAUCAUUGCAGUUGCAAUGCCAGUCCCAUCAUAUUAUGGAGCAAUUCAAGGCCCUGCACUCACCAACCACUGUGUACGCAGCACCAACCACUGUGUACGCAGCACCAACCACUGUGUACGCAGCACCAACCACUGUGUACGCAGCACCAACCACUGUGUACGCAGCACCAACCACUGUGUACGCAGCACCAACCACUGUGUACGCAGCACCAACCACUGUGUACGCAGCACCAACCACUGUGUACGCAGCACCAACCACUGUGUACGCAGCACCAACCACUGUGUACGCAGCACCAACCACUGUGUACGCAGCACCAACCACUGUGUACGCAGCACCAACCACUGUGUACGCAGCACCAACCACUGUGUACGCAGCACCAACCACUGUGUACGCAGCACCAACCACUGUGUACGCAGCACCAACCACUGUGUACGCAGCACCAACCAUUGUAUACACAGCAUUAACCAUUGUGUACACAGCAUUAACCACUGUGUAUGCAGCACCAACCACUGUGUAUGCAGCACCAACUACUGUGUACACAGCAUUAACCACUGUGUACACAGCAUCAACCACUGUGUACACAGCACCAACCAUUGUAUACACAGCAUUAACCAUUGUGUACACACCAUUAACCACUGUGCACAUAGCAUUAACCACUGUGACAGCAGCACCAACCACUGUGUACACAGCAGAUCCACUGUUUGGUUCAAUAUUAAUCAUUGGAGCAUUAAUACCAUUGUCUAGAGCAUUAAUGAUUACUUGUUUAUGCAUCUCCACCCACUGUUUAUAG